GGAAUAUUUGGGGUCUGGUUACGAAGAUAGUCAAAGUGAAACUGCGACAGCUCUUUGAAAAUCAUUCAAAAAUGCGUAGCAAUUAAUGUCAGCAAGUCAAAUAGUCUUUAUCUUGUGUACCAGUUGUUAGCAAUGAAUUCUUUUUUCAAUAUUUUUGGAAACAAGGCUCCUAAGAACUGUAAAGUUGAUUUAGAGAAUGAAACGGAUGUAGUUGAUGAAAAUGGCUUUGUUUGGGUUAAUGAUGAAACAGAGUACGUUGGUUGUCGGAGUGAAAGAUCUACUGUGAGUGAAAAAAUAUCCAAAGAAAGAGUUGAAAAUUUUCAAAAAGAAGUUCCAUCCAACAGAAGUGAAGACUUAAGUUGUAAUAAUCAAGAUGCUGGACUUUUAAGACCUGCACAACUGUCAUUAUCAAAUGUUAAUGAUAUUCCAAUGACACUUUCAGAUAUAGUCAGACCAGCUGACGCUUACAUAUAUAGCGUAGCUGGAUCAGUCACUUGAAUUCAAACACCGAACAAUUUCAGUAUUGUAUUUUAUCACAGUUUUAAAUUGUAAUUUAAAGAAAUAUUAUUAUAUUUUUCUGGUUGUGUAAGUUAUUUUCUUUAAUUACAACUUAACUUGUCAUUUGUCAAUAGUUAUCACACUUCACAUGUGAAGAGUAUUAGUUCAUUUAGUUUUUGAAGUAUUCAAAUAAUUAUUGUAGUCACUAAUAAUUAAAUACUAGUAAAUACAAUAAUUCAAUUUGUUAUUUUAGUAAUAAAAGUUUUUCGUGUUUCCACUGGCUUAUGAAAACCUCAGAAGUUUGUGAGAACUCUCGAGCUGGUGCAACCCUCAAUCUUUGGUCUCGGGCUUGCGCUGAUCUGCUCUCGAGUUCUCCCAAAGGUGUCCUCGGAGAAGCCUGUGCAAACACAGUUAAUACUGAACAGUUUUUAUUAUAAUUAACGAUUGACAAUAAACAAUUGACAUGUAA